AUGGCGCUCAAGUCAUCAAUCAGUCCACUGGAAAAGAAACUGACAUCAGACACUGACGAGAUCCAGGACAAGACAAGUCAGGAACAGGAAUUUUGCACGUCGAGAAUCGUCUUUGCAAGUUGGACCUGUCUCUGCCAGACUCGCGUGUCUGCGGCGCUAGGCUUGAGGGAGAUUAGGGGCAGCUGCGGGCUAGGUUACUUGAAGAGUGCUAUUUCCAGCGUUCAGGCCUUGGCCAUUGGGGAUUGGCUGCAAUACAGUUGUGCAGCAGCAGCCUGCUUCAUGCUUCUUUGGGGUCUUCUUCACACGGGUCCCUGCAGCGAGAAUGGAGGAUCAUUCGGGUGCUGGCAUAGACAAGCAAACGGUGACAAAGGUCGACUCCCUCAGAUACCUGGAGAUACGUUGGACCUGAGCAAGGGACGAGGAACCUGGAAGACAAUGGCAGGGAAGACAGGAGGGAUUCAGAGAGAGGAGGGCCAACUCCAGCAAAAAAACAUACGGUGGGGCGGCGUGGGGCAGGUCGGGUCUUCGGCGAUUAAACCGAGCCACUCUGGCAGCGCGCAGGUGGCGUUGUGGGGCAAAGCCCUGGAGGCAGGCACUGGGCAGUCGCUGCUCUCCACAACCACCAGCUGCCUCUUUCUCUUUCAGGAAAGUCGUCAAACAAGAUGCAUUUCUUCGCCCACACACGACCUGAAUCAUUCCGGCACCAACACUCCCAUCCGUCUCGCCAGGCGCCGUCAGACGCCUCCAAGCCUCCCAUCGUGUAUCGCUCAGGCCACUGCCGAGUCUUCCUUGUCCGUCCGCCCUCUCAAGCCGUUGCUUCAAGCCAGGCUUACCAGGGACCUCUGCGCUAAAGCCAGCAAAAAAUUGAGCAAAAAUCAUCCGAACCUUCUCGAGCUCCAGCCCUUGGCCUGGCCUGGCCUGGAAUAG